AAAAAAUUGUUUAUUCAGUUUUAAUUUUAAUGACAAAUUAAAAGUCAAUUUUUUGGUUUUUCCUAAAUUUUUGUUUCUAUCUAUUAAUUUAACUAUUUUCUUUUGUUUAAUUAUCUUCACAAAAAGCCAAUAAAAAACAUCACGUCUCCCUGUUUCCGUCGAAUACUUUGUUUCUUUAAAUUUCCACAUUGGUUAAAUCAGUCGAAGUGCAAGACAAUCAGAGCCCGUAGGAAAAGAAAACCAAAGAGAGAACAGUUGAUCCUUAAUUAAUUUUUUCUUCACACAUACACACACACACAAUAAAAAAUCCUCUUGGCAAACUUUUCGCAUUCGCAUCAGUCAAGCAAAACAGUGAUGAUGACCAACGGAUUAGUUGAAAACUCGCAACAAAACGGACGCGCCGGUUCAAUCGGAAGCGCUCAAGAUGACACUAAGACAAAUCUUAUCGUUAAUUAUUUACCACAGACUAUGACCCAGGAAGAAGUGAAAUCCUUGUUUUCCAGCAUUGGUGAAGUUGAGAGUUGUAAGCUGAUUCGUGACAAAGUUACUGGUCAAAGUCUCGGCUAUGGCUUUGUAAAUUACCAGAGAUCAGAUGAUGCUGAAAAAGCUGUAAGCACAUUUAAUGGAUUGCGUUUACAAAACAAAACCAUUAAAGUAUCAUUUGCUCGACCAAGUUCAGAUGCUAUAAAAGGUGCUAAUUUGUAUGUGUCUGGUUUAUCGAAGAGCAUGACACAGCAGGAUUUAGAAUCAUUAUUUAGCUCAUUUGGGCAAAUCAUUACAUCGAGAAUAUUGUGCGACAACAUAACUGGUCUAUCAAAAGGCGUUGGUUUCAUACGUUUCGAUCAGCGUUGCGAAGCAGAACGUGCUAUACAGGCACUAAAUGGAACCACUCCGAAGGGUGCCACCGAAGCAAUUACAGUGAAAUUUGCAAAUAAUCCUAGUAAUAAUAUGAAUAAAACAUUACCUCCGUUGGCCGCUUACCUGCAGCCACAGCCAAAUAGACGUUUUCCUGGCCCAAUUCAUCAUCCCACCGGCCGAUUCAGAUUUUCACCAUUAACUGGUGAUCUCUUGGGCAACACAAUUUUACCAACAAACGCAAUCAACGGAUCCGGUUGGUGUAUAUUUGUUUACAAUUUAGCACCGGAAACUGAAGAGAACGUCCUGUGGCAACUCUUUGGACCAUUUGGUGCUGUUCAAAGUGUUAAAGUUAUUAAAGACUUACAAACAAAUAAAUGCAAAGGAUUUGGCUUCGUCACAAUGACCAACUAUGAUGAAGCAGUCGUAGCAAUACAAUCACUUAACGGUUACACACUAGGCAAUCGAGUACUGCAAGUUAGUUUUAAAACUGCUAACAGUAAAACUAAAACCACUUAAGUCCGAAUCGAAUAAGUUUUUUCUGUUCGAUUUGUUUCAAUUUUUAUUUUUAUUUUUUGUUUUUUACUUUCCAAAAUUUAUUUGAAUAUUCAAAUGAAUUUUGUUAUUUUCUGAUAUAAAUUAAAUAAAUAAAACGAAUACUUUAUAAAAAUAUUAUAUUAUAAAAAGAAAAGACAAAAAAAAUGUAUUUAAAGCCAAAAACAAAACAACUUGAUUUCUGUAAAUGUACUAUUUAAUAUAAGGUAUUCGUAAAUAAAUACCUAGUCAUUGUAUAACAAUUCUUCAUAUCGAUAAAAAAAAUUUUAAAAUCCAAGCACUAACGAAAUACAGUAAGAAGAAAAGAGUUAUGUACUAAAACAAAAAAAUAUAAAAAAACGAUAUACAAGUCAAUAAGAAUAUAUAGAUAUAGGCAAAUUUAGGGGAGCGAAGCAAUAAUAUUAAGAAGAAAAUAAAACAAAAAAAUACAUAAGUCCCGAUAAUGUGAACCCGGUAUGUAGUGAAACAUGUGUCAUACACAAUAAACUAUAAGCAUACAAAGUCAAUGAUAGGUAUUUUAUCAUUUGCACAAAACAGUUUUUUACAAAAACAUUCUUAAAAUUUGCUUUCUUUAUUAAAUUCAAAUUUAAAUUUAUAUUUAUUAAUUAUUAUACCUAUAUUUAAACUAAGUUGGUGUCUAGAAAAUCCAUUCAUAAAUAAAAAAAAAAUUAUUAAAUAAACGAAUAAGAGUUAUACAUAUACACCUACUCGUAUAAUAUGCUCGAUUAUUUAAGCACAAAAAUGGAAAACACCACACAAUUUUUUUUAGAGUUAUAACUAAUAAUAUAUUAUUAUAUUUAUAUAUAACACCAACCCUAACUAAUUUUCUUUAUUAUACAAUUCUAAUAUAGUUAUGUGCGUAAAUGUUGUUUAAACACAUUCUUUAACCGAUAUAAAAGGUAAUUUUAAUUAUUUAUUAUAAACAAAACAAAAACAAAAAAAUCCAAUUCAUAAAUAUAAAUUAUGUAUGUACCUAGUUGUAAUAAUAUGGCUAACAAUAUGCGUUUUAUUAUGUGUCGCCAUUUUAUAGAUAUUUUUCAUUGAUUAUUAUAAAGGAACUUUGUUGUGCAAUCGCUUGAUUAAAAAAAAAAACAUAAAUAAAAAACAAAAUAAAUUUUUUAAACUCUUAACUUACAUUACAUUAAUUUUUUUCUGGUAAUAAAUAUUAAUAAUUUAAUCAAUUUUUUAUUUUGUAGUUGUUGCCUAAAUUUAAGUAAUAAUAAAUUUUUAACAAAAUAUAAUACGCACAUGCUUAUAGCAAAAUUAUUUGAAUUUAAAUUUAAAUUAAAUGAAAUGAGAAAAAGAGAAUAAUAAAACAAAAAAAAUAUUUAAAUAAAACAACUACCAAGUAUUUCAUAUUUCGAUGAAAAAACAACUUUGUCUAAUUUUGGGUUUAUCUUAGUUGGUUUAUCAAUUAGUUAAUAUAUUAAAUAGAAAAAAAAGAAAGAAAAAAAAACGGUUGCAUUGAACAAUUGUAUUACUAAACAAAAAUUUACUAUUAUAAAAUAAAACAAAAAAAAAAAAUGAAUGUAAACUACUUUUAUAAGAGAAAACCCAAAAA